GGACAUUAGGUCUUUUAUGGGAGAUGUAGUUUGAGUGGAUGGGAAGGGAAAAAGUUGGCAAAAGUCUUGGAUUUGUAGCGUUCUAUUGAAAGCAAAGUGCCAGAACAGCAUCAAAAGAUGCGGUUUUCCUCUUCUUCCUUCAAAUUGAAGAUAGUAAAGGAUUUCAGCAAAUGGAACAGGAUUUCAAGCUGCAGAAUAGAAUCAGUGAAAUUCAUCAUUGAAAGGUGAGAGCUUUGCAAAAGCCCUCAUCUGAUGUUUUGAAUAACUUUAUUUCUGAAGAAUCUCUGUGACUUUCUGUUCAUGGAUCACAGCAUUCUGUGAAAACUUAAGUGGCAUCGGUGUUGAAUCUGUUGGUAAUUGUGAGCAUGCUUAGAGGUUCAGCUAAAGUAGCAACAAUGAGAAAAGAGAGUGAGAAGUGUUUGGACUCACAGCUAUGGCACGCCUGUGCCGGAGGCAUGGUCCAGAUGCCGGCGGUGAACUCCAAAGUCUACUACUUCCCCCAAGGGCAUGCUGAGCACGCUCAGGGGAAACCAGACUUUGGGAGCUCCCCUCAAGUUCCGGCACUUGUGCUUUGCUGGGUGGCUGCAGUGAAGUUCAUGGCUGAUCCUGAGACCGAUGAAGUCUUCGCCAAGAUCCGGCUUGUUCCGGUAUGUAGCAAUGAGCAUGACUACGGUGACGGCGAUGAGGAGAUGAAUUUGGGAAGUGAUGGGUCUGAAUUGACUGAAAAAUCAACUUCCUUUGCUAAGACAUUAACUCAAUCAGAUGCAAACAAUGGUGGAGGGUUCUCAGUGCCUCGGUAUUGUGCUGAAACUAUUUUCCCUAAACUGGACUACUCUGCUGACCCACCAGUUCAAACCGUGCUUGCUAAGGAUGUUCAUGGUGAGGUUUGGAAGUUCCGACAUAUAUAUAGGGGGACCCCUCGCCGGCAUUUGCUCACCACCGGGUGGAGCACUUUUGUGAACCACAAGAAGCUUGUGGCCGGGGAUUCUAUCGUGUUCCUUAGAGCAGAGAAUGGUGAUCUUUGUGUGGGGAUAAGAAGGGCAAAGAGAGGGAUUGCCGGAGGAUCAGAGUCCCCUGCUGGAUGGAACCCCUUGAUGAACAAUAGUGUGUCCUCUUAUGGAGGCUUCUCUCCACUCUUCAGAGAAGAUGAAGGGAAGUUCAUGAGAGAUAAUGUUCAUGGCGGUGGUAUGAAUAUGAAUGGUAAUAUGAGGGGAAGGGGGAAGGUGAAGGCAGAGUCUGUCAUUGAGGCUGCAAGUCUUGCAGCUAACGGGCAACCUUUUGAGGUUGUUUAUUACCCGAGGGCCAGUACACCCGAAUUUUGUGUCAGGGCAGCAGCAGUGAGAGGAGCGAUGAGAAUCCAGUGGACUUCGGGCAUGAGGUUUAAGAUGGCCUUUGAGACUGAGGACUCCUCGAGGAUAAGUUGGUUCAUGGGAACUAUAUCAUCUGCUCAGGUUGCCGACCCCAUUAGAUGGCCUAAUUCACCCUGGAGACUUCUUCAGGUAACAUGGGAUGAGCCGGAUCUGUUGCAGAAUGUGAAACGCGUGAGUCCUUGGCUGGUUGAGCUAGUUUCAAACAUGCCGGCCAUACACCUAGCACCCUUCUCACCACCGAGGAAAAAGCUCCGAUUCCCUCCCCACCCUGAUUUUCCCCCCGACGGCCAACUUCCACCCCCCAUUUUCUCCACAAAACCCCUUGGGCCCAGCAGAACCCCGUUUUGCUGUCUUCCAGACGGCACUCCUGCAGGCAUACAGGGAGCCAGGCAUGCUCAAUUUGGUGUUACUUUACCAGAUCUCCACCUCAACAAACUGCAGGCGGGUCUGUUCCAAAACGGGUUUCACCAGCUUGAUAAUAAUACUCCAACCUCUAGAAUCCCCACCAAAUUUUUCAUCGGAAAUCCAAACCUUAAGCUAACAAUCGGCAAUCCGUCUAUGAACACAAAGAAACCUCAGCUAGUACUCUUUGGACAACCGAUACUAACUGAAGAGCAGCUCUCUCUAAGCAGCUCCGGAGAUGGGGGCUCACCCGUGCUUACUGGAAACAGUUUGUCUGAUGAGAAUCCUGAGAAAGCCGCAAACAUGUCAGACAAUUCUGGCUCCGCAAUCCAUCAGAACGGACCAAUUGAAAAUUCUUCUUGUGAAGGAUUCCGAUGGUACAGGGAUCAUCAAGCCACUGAGCACGGGUUUGAAAAUGGUAUCUGUAAGGUAUUCAUGGAAGCUGAGGAUGUCGGUCGCACGCUUGAUCUCUCUGUUUUCCAUUCAUACGAGGAGCUGUAUGGGAGGUUAUCAAACAUGUUCGGGAUUGAGAAAUCAGACAUGAUGAACCAUGUGCUUUACCAUGACCCAUGCGGUGCUGUUAAACAUGCUGGAGUCGAACCAUUCAGCGAAUUUAUGAAAACAGCAAGACGGUUGACGAUAUUAAUGGAUUCCGGCAGUGACAACAUAGGAAGAUAAGACCCUCUUGUCAAAUGUACAGAUGAAUGUGCUAGUUGGUUGUUGGUUGUGCAAUCCCAUCUAAAUAUAGUGGGAGGUACCUAUUUUUAUUAUUCAUCGUCUUUCAAUUCCUAUCGUAUUUCCAUCGGUAAUUUGUUCGUUCUUCAUUGUCAUUUACAUUUCCUCAAAAGGGAUACAAAUCCAAACCCAAUUAUUAUCAUCUCUGUUCAAUGUGAACUUUAAAUUCAGAUAAAACAUUUCA